GGCUUUUUGCGCGAUUCCACAGCUCUCGCGAAUCAUUAUCAAUCGCACUUCAUAGAUACGCAAGCAGUCGAAUACUAAUUGGCCAACAAGCGAGCAAUCGAAGCUGCAAGCGGGGCCAUAAUGGAUGCAGCCAUAUCACAGGCUCUCAAGCGACUGGAGGAAUUAGCCGCCAAGGGCGCCAUCGAUGCGAAUCAGCUCAAGGUAAGACAGGAUCAGCUGCGCCAGCAGGAUCGCGUCGCAAAGCUGGCCGCGGUGAGCGGUUGCUACAUCGGAAAAGAGGGCAAGCCUGUGGCCGCCUCCGCGACCACAGGCAUGGCUAGUCUGGAUCACGACGUCUUGCAGCACAUGCUCUCGUUUGUGAGGAGCUACCCGCGUUGCGUAUUAUUGGCCACGACGAGCAAACAACUGCAGCCAUUGCUGCAGGGGAAACCUCUCUCGGACCGCGCAAGGGAUGCGCCGGGCGAGCUCGUGAUGGACCUGGUCGUACAGGCCAUGAAGGACCAGGGUCUGAGCCGCGCCGCAGAAAAACGAUUAUCCCUCGUCGCCGAGAAGUUCCCGGACGCGCUGGAUCAGCGGCACUGGCCGCCUCUGUCCCUAGACGACUUUCCCCAGCCCCCCGGGAAGAAGAGAUAUCGUCGGGUCUUCCUGAGCCGUCAUGGUGACGAAGAGCUCGGCCAUCGAUUGUUUGAGCAGGAGUACGAGGAGUGGCACGGCAAGUUACCCAACAAACCGAUCACGCCGCUGGAGCUCAGCGUGUCAGUUCAGUCGCCCUGGGCGAUGGAGAUCAUGGACGCCUUGCUCGAGCUAGGGGCCAAGCCGACCGAGCUCGCGAUUACAAUUGACAUGGGUAAUGCUAAUGCUAUGGACGGCCGAGGCGCUUUCACACCGACGCUACUCAAGGAGAACCCAUCGCUGGUUUCCACCUCGACGUACGACUUGGAUUGGAUUCAUCGUGAGAACAUAUUUCCCGUUUCCGGGAGCAAGUGGAUACGCGAGGUGGAGAACUUUGUGGAGUACUUGAUUACCCGCUGCGGCGUCGUGCCUGAAGUAGGGGUGACGCACAGCGCGGGAGGGAACUUUAGUCAUUAUUACGACGACGAUACGAUUGCCAACUUGCUCCGCAUGGCUCAGGCCACGCAGGUGUGCACGAAAUGUAACGCGCCGAAGACGCGCGACGACUUUGAGCAGGAGGAGUGGGAGUGGGCCGGCGACACGCGGCUCUGUCGCACGUGCAACGUUCGCGCCUGCCGCAAAUGUGGCGCGUCGAAGGCGCGCGCCGACUUCGAGGAACCGGAGUGGGAACGUGAGGGCGACGAGCGGCUCUGCCGGGUGUGCAACGUUCGCGACUGUUGCAAGUGCGGCGCGUCGAAGGGGCGGAGCGAGUUUUCGUCGGUGCAGUGGGAUUGCGCCACCGGCCGCGAGUGUCGGACCUGCAACGUCCGGGCUUGCUCGAGAUGCGGCAGGUCAAAAGACCCUUACCACUUCCCCGACGAGGGGGAAUGGGAAAAAAAUGACCGGCUCUGCCGGUCGUGCAAGCUGCCGCCGAGCAAGCGGCGGUCGUGCGCCCAAUGCUCCACGUCCCUGCCGCAAUCGGACUUUUCCAAAAAACAGUGGGGAAAGGCGGCGAAUGGGAAGGGCCGGUGCAAGAAGUGCCUAGGAAAUUGACGCUGCCGACGCGUAACAAAUACUUAGCCU